UUCCGUCCAGUGUUCCGCCGUAAGCAUGCGCAUUGACAGAAGCCGUCACCGCAGUCCAGUGUGUUGAGUAGAAGCCGAGUAGGGACAAUAGAUUAAAAAUAGAAAAGUAAAGGUGAUAAAGGCGGAGAUAAGGAGCAGAACUAGAGACGGAGGAGACAUGGAUCAGUUGGAGCGUCCCCAAGAUGACAACGCACAGGAGACAGAUUGUCACGUUGACAAUGCCGAUGGAAACAACAACAACAACAACCGGCGCAAGACGGUGUGUCCAGGUGCAGGUGAGCACCCCCUGCAGUAUAACUACACCUUCUGGUACAGCAGGAGGACCCCGAGUCGUCCCGCCAGCUCUCUGAGCUACGAGCAGAACAUACGACAGAUCGGCACCGUGGCCUCGGUGGAGCAGUUCUGGAGGUUUUACAGUCAUCUGGUGAGGCCAGGUGACCUGAGUGGGCACAGCGACUUCCACCUGUUCAAGGAGGGCAUCAAACCCAUGUGGGAGGACGAGUCUAACCGCAGUGGGGGGAAGUGGAUCAUUCGGCUGCGUAAGGGUCUGGCGAGUCGGUUCUGGGAGAACAUCAUCCUGGCCAUGCUAGGGGAGCAGUUCAUGGUGGGAGAGGAGAUCUGUGGGGCUGUGGUCUCCAUACGCUUCCAGGAGGACAUCCUGUCGAUCUGGAACAGGACGUCCAACGACCAGACGACAACGUCCAGAAUCAGAGACACUUUGAGACGAGUCCUGAACCUUCCAGCUAACACCAUCAUGGAGUACAAGACCCACAACGACAGCCUCAGGGACAACUCGAGCUUCAGGAACACCAAGAUCUCUGUCUGAGGUCACCGGGGUCAGCCGAAUGGCUGUGGUGUUACUCUGCUUUCUCAUUGGCCAGAGGAUGGCCACAUGGACCAAUAAACUGACUGAACUGGACUGACGGUGUUAGUUUGUAUCUCUGAAGUUUCUGCUGGUGUAAAUAAAACUGAGUCUUCUUUAAA